CCUCUCACAUCCGCAGCAGUGACUGGCCAAUAAAACACAGAAAAUACGUAAGCACCGACGAGUGCUCGGCGCAGGCGGAGAAUGCUCAGUGUGAAGCGGACCAAACCUCUUCCAGCACCACUCGUUACUGCUGACAUCUCUCAGCGAGCACAAUCAGGGCCUAUCCCUGCCUUGACUCAGGGCAUAUUCUCCAUUAUAUCGGAUAAAGACAAGAGCGCAGCUAGAAUCUGGGGAAAGGAGAGUGAAAUAACUAAUUUAGUGGGUUAGGAUAUCUGUAGGGACGCGUCGCUAGUAGGGCAAGAUGUUAGAUCCGUCGUCCAGCGAGGAGGAAUCUGAUGGGAUAGUGGAGGAGGAAAGCAAAGAGGCGAUGGCACCUCAGGCCGGAUCCCGCAUCUCUCCGAGCAGGACCAGCGAGAGCUCGGGUGGACUUGCGCCCAGCAGCAGCCGCAGCAGUGCCCGUCCGACCAGCCCCAGCCCGUCGGCGGCCAGCGAGGAGAAGGAGGACCUGGAGAAGAUGCACAGAGAGGAGGAAGACCGCAAAAAGAAGCUGCAGUUGUAUGUUUUUGUGAUGCGAGCCAUCGCUUACCCGUUCAAUGCAAAACAGCCCACAGACAUGGCAAGGCGACAGCAGAAGAUAACCAAACAGCAGCUUCAGCAGACCAAGGAUCGCUUCCAGGCCUUCCUCAACGGAGACACACAAAUCGUGGCUGAUGAAGCAUUCAUCAACGCUGUGCAGAGUUUACUCUGA